GGGAUAGGGCAGGAUAAAAUAGAAAAAUAUUAAUUUGGUAAGUAUGUAGGCCCAUAAAAAUAAUAAAACUAUCAGAUACAAUAAGAAAUACAAACAGAAAGCAAUUAAAAACUUAAAUCCUACUGUACCAAAAUGUCUUUCGCUUAGCAUAAUGCGGCAGCAAGCUGCUGCGACGCGUAUUCUGCGAACGCCGCCAGUUUAGGAGCGCAGUUCCAAACAAACAAAUUCAAUAUAGAUGGCAUAAAAUAAUAAUACAACAUAAAACAUAAAAACCUAUUUUUAUUGAAAAAAAAUUAAACCGCCGAAUAAACUGAAAGUCAGAAAAAAAUAAACCCUUUUUAUGUUUAAUCAAAUUAAUAUUUAGAGUCGGUGCCAUGCAUGUCUGAUAGAUUUGAAUUCCCAUUUACUACUUGGGUUGACAUGGCACCAAAGACAUAUAAGGAAGACAAAUAUAAGAAUGGAAGUUAUAAAGAAAACGUGGUGGUCAACAGUAGACAUUAUCAAUAAUCUCAAGGAACUAUAGAAAUGCGAACCUGUCCAUUCCAAAGUGAAAUAUCUUUGAAAUAAGAAUAAAAUAAAAUGAUAAACAGGAACAGUCUUAGCUGGCCUAAUAACACAGACUGAAUCAGAAUUUGAAUCCAUAUUAUGAAAUUCUUAAUCUGAAUUCUAAUGUUUUGACCAUGUUUUCACUCACACAAGAUGUAUAAAUUACGUUUGAUCUAUGGUUUGAUCAGUUGUAUCGCGAACGUCUCUAAAAAAUAAUUAUAUUGUAAAGUGUCAAUCACACAUUAGAGAGAUAAAUGAGCUGCCAAAUUCAUAAUCUGAUUUCGUUUGUGUUAGGGCGUCGUACAAAAUGUAUAACCAAGGAAGGAUUUAAGGCAGGGCUGGAUGGAGGGUUGCGGUUCAGGGAAAUGAAAAGAAAUAACAGUGAAAAAAAAACUAAAUUUUGUUGGGUCUCCAUACUCCCUCCCUGUUUUGGUUGGAGUAGAGUGGGAGAAAUCUUAAAUCGACCGGGAUUUCGAAUUUGAAAAUAGGGCUCCUCACCUUCCUUGCCACAAUGACUCCACGGUUUCACACCUUUAAAUUCGGCCCUAUUUAUGACAAGACUGUGUUUGGAUUUAAUUAUCAAAAUUUUUAUAUUCUGUAUUCAUGACGCUUGCCAAUUUCAUUCCAGAAGAUCCAUCUAGCUCAUUCAUAAUCUUAAUAAUCAUGAAUGCAAAAAUAGAAAAAAAUAAUCAUGUGAGGAUAGUAGUUCAAUUGUAUGCACUUCAAUGCGCUCUGAAUAAAUUGUAUGAAUUCAAUUUAUGAAUCCAGAUUCUGGUUCAGAUUGUGUAAAGGUUAGCCUUAGUUUAAGUCCUUAGAUAAAAAAUGUUUCCUUAGGUAAUCUUGUAGAUAAAGUCAUUGACGACAAUUAAUAUUAUUUUAUUACACCUCUGAUAUUGGAGGAUUUAUGUAAUAAACAAUAAAGAUAAUAGAUGGGUUUAAGACUAUAAAUUGUAAAAAAUAUGGGCCAAACUGGUAAUUACAAUACUUGAAGAUGGCAGUCUGGCAGUUUCUCGGAGUCCUCCUCGUUACGGCCGCCGUCCAGGCAUCUAAGUCGAGCCGCAUUAUUGGCGGUUCGGUCGCCAGUAUCGACAGCUAUCCGUCCAUUGUCCAGGUGGAGUUCAACAAUGCUGGUUUCUUCUGGAAUCAGCAAUGUGCUGGCAGCGUUCUGAACAACUUGUACAUCCUUUCUGCUGCACAUUGCUUCGCUGGCCCGAACUACGCACCCGCUAACCGUCGUAUCCGCGCUGGAACCUCGACCCGUAACGAGGGUGGUCUGACCGCAUUAGUCCAGAGGGAGAUCAACCAUCCGUCGUACGGUGAAAACGAGAACGAUGGUGACAUCACGGUCGUCCGCCUAGCAGAGCCUCUUCUUUUGAGCGCCACCAUACAGCAGUCACCUCUUAUGGCCCCAGGAUUCGUUCUUCCCGCUGGCUUCUCCGUUACUUACGCUGGCUGGGGAAAGACUACACUCGAGUCCCCCGACUUCUCCGAUGACCUCGUAGCCGUUGAUACCAUUGUGGUAGAUCGUGAGUUGUGUCGUCUCCGCUACGCUGCCUUGGACUCCAGUCCUCCUGUAACAGAGAACAUGAUGUGCGCUGGCAACUUCGGUGCUGGUGGCCAGGACGCUUGCAACGGCGAUGGUGGUGGCCCUCUGUACUUCAACAAUAUCCUCACUGGUGUGAUCUCAUGGGGUAAUGGCUGCGGCCAGGCCAACUACCCUGGCGUCAGCACUCAGGUCUCAUCUUACACCUCCUGGAUCAUAGAAACUGCCGUCUAAAUCUAUCUAGACUCAUAUUGAAAAAUAAAGUCUUUUGGCUAUCUUAAAAUAUUUAGUUAAAUAAAAUUUAAUAAUAUUUUUUUAUGUCUUACAUAUUCAUUAUUGAGCAUCCAUAAAACAACAUAAAAUAACUAAGGGUUCCCUCUAUCUGGCAGAAUUCUUUUGCUCCGAAAUUCGUACGACGUGACACCCUUUUUCAUUCCAUGCUUAGAACAGACGAAUGUCAAGUUUACAAAUAAUAAAAGCCAAAAAAGUGCUGGCAUCCAAUAUAAUCAUUGUUUGUCCGAAAGUUUAUAUGUCCGUAUUCACAAUGGCAUACUUUAAGAUGGCAGAAUUUUAUUAACAUAAUUUCGUUCAGUAUAAUCGGUGUUUGUGCUUAGUGGGUUAGGUUAGGUUAGUUUUGCGCGCAAAACUAAGCGCUAGCCGAGCGAGCGAAGCGUGCGUACCCCGCAGCUAUCUAAUAUAAUAGAUGAAUAAACAAUUAAACCUGAAAUAUUUGUAUGCUUAAAGACGAUUCCGCUUGUGAGCCUUCUGCGAUAUGAAGGUCCUGCUUUUUUAUUAUUGUGGAUGUUAAAAUGUCUAAAGGUAAUUCUGGUUUACAAAAGUUAAAAAAACAAAACAAAGCAUUAAAAAAUGGUGUUAUGUGAACAUGGAUAAAUCAAUAUCUUGGAUUAUAUUAUUUACAUCAGCGCAGGCCUUCUCUAUGGACGGAAUAUGGAGAAACCACAUUGGCCUGAUUUAUGCACUGAGCUCAGAAGAUCGAGAUACUAAAAUUUUGGUCACCCAUCCUAUGACCGACACUGCGAAAGUUGCUUUACUUCUACAAUUGCAAACUGAGCGCGUGCCUUCCAGCUCAACUGAUUUACACCUUUUUUCUAUAACUUAUAAAGAUUUACUAAAAUAUGAAAAAGGAUAGGUAAUAUAUUUAGGCCCAUCAUCAUCAGCCUAUUAAUGUCCCCACUGCUAGGGUACUGGCCUUCCCUAUGGAUGAAAUAGGGAGAUUUGGCUAUGACCCACCACGCGGGCCCAGUGCGGAUUGGCGGGUGCUAACUGCAGAUGCAGCCGGGCCCAACGGCUUAUCGUGCCCCCUGCGCCAUCGACCUCCUCAUAUUUAGGCCCACUUGCACCAAUUUAAAGCUAUUACCAAGGUAGUUAUAUACCUACCUGUAAGCGCUAGGUAUAUAACUUCCUUGGCUGAUAAUAUCUUAUUCUAUUUCUAUUUUACUGACCACAAUUAUAAAAGAUGAAAUGAUAUGUCAAACCAGAUUAAGCUUUAAUUUGAUUUAAGAAUGUCCUGCUAGUGGCCCUAAGAAAAUAUUUUGCCAUUUGUAUUUUUUUAAUUAAGUACUUAUAUAAUUAAAAAUACAAAAAAAUGCAGUUCAAUUUAAACUUAUACAAACGCAGCAAUAAUGGGUGGCAUAAAGGAAGCAUUGUUAACAAUAAAAAUUAUCAUUAUUUAUUUUAGAACAUACACCAAAUCGUGUAAGUAAUGUAUCAAUAAAAAAGUAAAGAUAAGAAAUUAGUUUUUUGUACAAGGACUACUAGUUAAAAUGAUUAAGAAUGUACCUACCUACUUAGAGCUACAAACGUGCCUAUAUCAUCUUUUAUAUCAUUAACUUGGAUUAAGAGAUUGAUGUGGUUUAUAAGUAACGAGUGAAUAGUCGAUAUUACAUAAUUUUUGUUUAAAUUAUUUAACAGCUGCACUCUAAUUUGUGGCCGAGUGGAAUCGGUUUCGAGUAAAACGUAAUAACUUUUUAAUCUUGGGCUUGAUAGUAUCCUCUUGAAUUAGCCAACGGACUCAUAAAUGUACAGACAGAACUUAAAACGCCCUAUGACACUGUUUCGGUUGACAAUGAGGCAGAGCGAAACGCUAUACCAGGGACAGGUACGUACCUGGGCGUUUUUCCCCGCCCCCCACGACAACGGCUAACUAGAGCAGAGGUCCGAGUCUCAGAGACACCCUCUAGUUGAGCCGAUCCCCUCAGGUUCGAGUGGUCUAGAGGCUCCAGACGGAGAGGACUAGACUAGACUCCCCCCGUGGCGAGAUGCCAUCCGCCCGGAACACCUCUAGAUACACUCGCCAAUUCUCGGCUUGAGGUCCCCUUAGGAUCUCGCCGUCUCCAAACCCGGUGACGCUGUAAAGGUCAUCUGCGACCAACAGCAAACACAC